AUGGCAUCUCUCGUGAUCCCAGAGACCGGCAUCUCGCUGGGGAGCGCCCGAGGAGGCUCGUCGAAGCCCGGCCUCUCUGCUCCCCCAACAGCAUUCGGUCUCACGAUUUCCGAUACUGUGAUCGAGGAUAUGAUCAAAUGUGUUCAAAAUGGACAACCCAUUCAAUUGUCCUUGGGACCACAACCAAGCUUGGUCUACGGCACAAAAACCCAACAUCUUUCCACGUCGAACGAUCCCUUCACUACCGAAUUAUUCCAAAGCACCAACACCGACUACGACGACGAUUCUUCCUCCGAUACCGAAACCAUGUCAUAUUCCGAGCAGUAUGGCGAAGAAAAGCUUGGACAUUUCACUCGACACCAGUACCUUCGAUUGUUCGGACCGAACCUCUUCGGCGUACCUAAACCGGUUGGCGCAAGUAGCAAGCCCAAAAAUGUUACUGCCUCGACAACUGGCGCAGACACUGCUCUAGCUCAAUUGCAGAAUUCUUUGGCUUCUGAAGGUCAAAGAAAGGCAGACAACACCACCAAAUUCAUCACCAAUGCUCCCGCAUUACCAGGCCAGCGCAAAGGUGCUGCGAAGGCUGCUAACAAGAAACUCCUCGCGAGCAACCGCCUCGGCGCUGAUACCUUACGCUCCACACCCGUAAGCCCAGCGUUAUCUGGCGUUGGCUCUCCUGCGUUGGCGCCCACAUCUGUUCCUCUUUCCCAAGUUGCUGCCGACAAGGCGAAAGCUUCCAGAAAGCCAGUCAUCCACUUACUUGCUACGGGUCCAAUGACAAAGGCGGCACUCAGAGAAGCUCUCCCAGAAGUUUCUGACAAUGAUUUUGACCAAGCAUUAGAGAAAGUCGCUGAUGCCAAAGGAAACAAGUGGGAACUGACGAAGAAGUACUGGAGGGAACUGGAUGUAUGGACCUACGAUUAUGCGACCCAAGAAGAUCGGCAACGAGCAAUCGACAACGCCGUCUCCAAGUUUGAUAAUCUACGCCUUGGCGUCACGGAACCCGAAUGGGAUAGAUUAUUACCAAAGGCAGAACGCGGGCAGGGCAAAUGUUUAAGCAAGCUCCAAGCUCAAAUCGCGCAGGGAACAGCUCGACCACCAAAGAUAAAGUUGCAGAAGGAUGAAGGUUCGGGACGAGACACUUCGGCGGGAGAGGAAGACGAUUCUAUCGCUAGCAAAGCUAUAUCCAAGGUUAGAAAGGGAGAGCCGGCGGCACGAUCAUCCUCACAGCCCGCCAACACGAAACCAAGGAAGACGAGUGAGAAGGAAGCUCAAACUAAACGACUUCUCUCCAACAAACUUAAUAAGCCAAUAGUCAAACCAGCAGCAAAGCCAGCAGCUUCCCCACGGCCAGCACCCGCACCCGCCAAGAAGGACAAGGCAGCUAAACCUUCUGGUAAAAAGGUGCUCUCUUCAGAGUUGAUAAUUGAUUCGGAUGAGGAGGCGGAUCAGGCAUCGCAGCCAUUGCAAACCAAGCCAGCACAGCCAUCUAAGAAACCUCUUCCUAAACCCGUCCAAGCGAAGAAGAGACCUAGAGACGAGGAGACAGAAACCAGUGAUUCGAGCAUUCCGCUUAGCAAAAAGGUCAGAAAAGAUGUACCACCGCCACCUCAACGUGUUGCUAGUGCCAGCCAAGUUUCAAAUGCAACGUCAAACUCGACGGUCUCAUCAAACUCGUUUAAAAACAAGAAUACCUCACCUCACAAGUCUUCUCCGUUGGCAUCGUCACCACCAACCAAUGCCUCGGAAUUCGAUAAUAAUUCUGGCCGUCGCACCACUUCAUCAUCUUCCGCUUCACCCGCGCCGUAUAUUGGUAAUAAAACCUCUCGUUCGCCAAUCCAUAAAAGACACCACAAAUCUUCUUCGGUCACCUCUUCCAGCUCAUCCAAUGGGUCCACGCGAUAUCUUAAGCCAGAACUCGUUGAUACUGCAAGGAAAUACCGAAGCUUUUAUCCAAAGUACGAGGAACUUCACCGCGAGCUCGCCAACUCCCGGUAUCGAGACGUGAAAAAGGAGAAAACACUGUUAGACAUGCACGAACGAUUGGCGAAAAUGAAGCAGCAGAUCAACGAAGGAAUCGUCGAAAUGUAA